CGUGAAUGGGUAACGAGGUUGCCAGGACAACCCGCUGGCAUUCCAAUGCAAAACAAAUCGAAUUUCGGCUGCCGCUUGCCAAAGUUCGAAGGAAUUUCAGUGAGGCUCCUGCACAGCCUUGGUGUGGUGCUAUUAUUUGACGGUGUGCUGCUCGGAUUCCAGCUGACCUCCAGCAUUUCUGGCCCGACUGCGGAAGUGCAAUGAACUGACAUGAUUACGGGACCGGAGGCUAGGCAAACGCACAGGUUGUUGGACUUGAAGAAGCAGCAAUGGGCCAAGGAGAGAGAGGAAAUCGCUCGCAUGGAUGAGAUGUACCAUCACCAGCACACGUCGCACCACAAAAUCGAACGCACCUCCAUUCGCACCUACUACUCCAACCUGGAUCUCAGCCAGAGUUCCACCUCCAAUCAGACUUCCAGUCAAUCGCGCCGCCACCAGCCCACCCAGGACAUGCAGUUGAUCCUGCGGCAGCCAGACUUUAGGCAGGGCAACCAGGCCUACAUGAACCAGCUGGAGCGGUACAUCGAGGAUCUCGACGGGGAUGCCGAUGCGGACUUCGAGGACGAAGACGAGUCCAUGUAUCGCAGGACUAGGCGGGGAAGCUAUGCCCCCGGCAUGACAUCGCGUCAGAUACAGAGCUCUGCCCGCUAUGCGGAGCUAAUGCCCACGUCUUUGCAAACGGCCAAGGGCAGGAUGCAGAACUCCCGCCAGGGUCAGCACCAGCAACAACAAUUGCAUCAGCAACUUUUGCUCCAACAGCAGCAGCAACAACAGCAACGCCUCAGGAGUCCCAGUUUGCCAGUUAUUCGACAUAGGGCAAGGCAAGGGGAGAAGGUGGCAGGACCUGGAGCAGGAGGUGGAGUAGCAGCAGGUCCUGGAGUAGGAGCAGGAGUGGGAGCGGGAACUACGAAGCCAAAAGACUUUGAUCCCAGCAACGGCACACAUCGAUUAAACAACAAUCCCCCGGGAGCCCAGGGAAACCAAGGAGUUGCCCCCGGUUGCCAGGAGGAGGACACUUCCGGCUAUCUUAGCGACACGCCCAAGAAUCCGCACACGCCCGACAUUUGGUUCAACGACGGUGCGAGCCAAAUCGAGAGCGUCAGUGGCUUGGGAAGCGCCAGUGUCCUGGAGGAGAUGGCUGGGGGUGGUGCAAUCGGCGGCAUGGGCAUGGCCGGGUGUCGACGCCUCCGGCGAUCGAUUCAGGGUGGUGCAGGAGCAGCUCAGCUCCCAGCUCCAAUGGCAAUACCGCUGCCUAUUCCCAUGCCGAUGGCAGCCCACCACCCACCGCCCCCGGUGAAGCCGCCCAACCUGGCGUAUGUCAUCAAGGGUCGCCGUGUGCCAGGGCAGGGAUACGAGCCCCUGGCUGCCGACGGAUACAUGGCCGACGGAUGCUGCUAUAUGCCCGCUCCACCCAGCUCCUCGAACAUGAGCCUCAGCCGGGAUGUGUCGACCUCGAACACCUACCAAGUUCACAUCGGCAACUCGGAGCAGAGCGACUUCUACGUCCACGAGCAGCACGAACGGGAAAGAGCUCGGUGGGCCAACUUUAAUGGCGCUACUGGAGGCGUUGGUCCGCAGCCUCCACCUGGGUGGCUCAGCCGUGGGAUGCACGACCUCAAGGACAGUGAGGACGAUGUCCAGUCCCUGCAAUCCAGCUCCACAUAUCUGAGGGGACAGAACGCCCCCCUGGACGCUCAUACUUUAGCUGAAAGGAUGGACAAGCGACGCAAAGCGGCCGAGUAUCAUGAUGCCAUUAAGAAGCAGCUCCAGGAGCGGGAGCUGAUCCGAAAAUGGGAGCUGGAGCGGCAUCGCCAGGAGGAGCAAAUCGAGGAGGAUCGCCUGCGCCGGCAAAAGAUAUUGGAACAGGAGCGUCUGGAAUUCGAGAGGCGACAGCUUUUGGAACGCGAGGAGGCCCAGCAGAAGAAGCAGCAGGUGAUGCUGGAUGCCAUUGCCAAGGCCGAGGUAGCGGCCAAAAUGGAGAAACAGAAAAAGCGAAUGGUGAGGCAGAUAUCCUUGAAGUCGCAGGAAACAGAGGGCGACGAGUCCGAACUCUUGAGGGUCCAGUCCGUAGAAGAGGAGGACGAGGACGGAGAGGUAACUGGAACAGGACCCAGUCAGAACGAAGAGGAGCCCUCCAACACCCCAAGGGCUGCUCCACCAACACAGCCCCAGCCACAAUCCCAGCCCACUGUGGUGUCCGAGGAGAAAGUCCUGAUAGGCACGCCCAUCAAUCUUCGCCGCACCAUCACCAAGCCCAUCAAGCAACCCACAGAUUCCAAAAAUGAGGAGCCAAAGACCAAGAGGCAGACCUCGUUUCUGGGUGAGGACAAGGAGAACAUGGCCCUGCUGAUGCAGCCAGCUACCCUGAUUCCAUUGCCCGUAACCAGCGACAUCUUUGGCCUGCAGAACGCCAUUGGAAACCUUCAGAUAGCCACGUACUUUGUGCAGCAGCCCAUGCAGAAGCCGCCACCGACUGCCGGAUCAUAUUCCAAAGCAACGAUGACCCAGCGCACGGAUACCUCGAUAUAUACUGAGGAUGGGUAUAAGGCUGAGAAUGAGGAGGAGGAACCUCUCAUCGAGACAGCGAGAUCUGGGCGAACGGAUGUGGUGACCGCCAGUGGUUGCUUUUCACCUGAUUCCCUUGAGGUGGACGUGGCCCCAAUACCCGAACAGGAUAAGCUGGCACUCAUACCAGUAAAGACUCCCCUGCACUUGGAUGACCCGAAUCAAGAUUGCAAACAUGAGAUUAAUCUGGAGCCAGGCCAACAAACCGAUGUAGAAACCCAGACGGAGCUGCCCUUGAACUGCGAUCUCUGCCUGUUCCACGACAAUUUCUACAAGGUCCUGCUCAAGAGGGAAGUCUCCACCACCACCACCACCCAAACUUCCAAGAGUCAGACCCAACCCGCUAAGGAAUCUACUGCUGAAAAAGACCAUGAGACUACCACGACCACAACCACCACUACCACGACCACUUUCAAGGCCAAGAGCAAGGACAAGGACAAAGGGCUGAAGAAGAGCCACAAGGACAAGGACGCCAAGGUGGACGAUCGCCCCAAGUGGGGAGUCAACCGCCCAGUAGUGCAGUACGUCAAGGCCAGCGAUCGCGAUCCGUUCUGUCUACGAAAAAAGAAGAGCCACCCGAGCACGGCCAAGCCGCCGAGAUCCCAGUCGAUGGACUCUCGGCUAGAUAGUGUGGCUGUGCUGCCCGAGGAUCAGCUCAUUAACUGCAAUGGUGGGCCCCCGUCUGCGGCUGGGGAGCAAGAGGAGGAGGGCUUCCUUCUCAAGGCCCGAAACGUCUGCACUGAGAUCUUGCCCAUUAAAACCGACGAAAAGGGACGCAUUUUCCUCAAUUUCCGCGAAGCCAGCGCCAUUAUGAACGAGGACGAGAUCAAGGACAAGCUGCGCCAGAAGUAUUUCAACUUCGGCAGGAUACUGCCCCGUCGAAGCUGGGGCUCGGCCACCCAACACGCCCUGCCCUUCAGUGCGGUGACCACUGCCCCGCCCCACUCCACGGUGGGGGACUUGGCGGACGAUUGACGGAUCUACCAGGAGAACUUUUACCAUUUAUAAUAAUAAUAAUAUAGAAUAACCCCGAAUCUAGAUUGACUGUAAACCCUUUAAAAUAUAUAUAUAUAUACAAUUUGUAUUGCGAGCACCAC